AUGGCUGAUAUCACCUCCACCUUCACGCCCCCCACGCCGUACAGUAUGCAAGGAGCGUGGUGUUGCCAGGCGCCGCCCAUCUCUAAAUCCAAUCCGCGGGAGAACCCCCAGUUCUUUUCCUCGAACCCGACAACUCUUGGAGACUUAGACGCCUUACCUUCACAUGGAGGCAAGGUUGCUCUGGCAUCGCUACAUGCCAUCCAGCAGGCAUUCUUGAUUCGCAUCUACCCAUUUGCUAGGUAUUUCCUGCCAGGGACACACGGCAGAUCACACCAUGAGCUUGGUCGGACCGCCCCAGUCCCAGUCGUAGACACCAGAAAUUCCAGGCCAAUUGGACCACCCGCUCCGAAUGAAGGAGGGGUGUGCGCCAGGCUUGCUUGGCACAUA